AAGCUAUCAAAUCACGGUGACAUUCAAAGCUAAUAUCUGAACAAUCAGCAAAUACGCCCGCAAAACUCAUAAUCUUGCUAUACGGUCCUACAUACACGGAUUAGCAAGCCCGAUUUGAAAACUCCGCAUAUCUACUGCUCAACAACUCCUGUAGCUGCUAGGAGCCAGCUUCCACAACAUCAGCAUACCAAAAGCACCUAGGGUUGCAGAAAGCUCCUUUCCUUGGAUUACUCUUCAAAUCCCAUCAACUAGCAAACCUGGAAAGUCAGGGUCAAAGAUCGGAGCAACAUGAUUGACGAAAAGGAUCUCGCAAUCCACCCCCUCGUUCCCGAAAGCAUUCAACACAAUAACCUUACUCUCUCCCAGCUACGAAAUCUCAGCGCAUCUCUUUUCGGCGUUGCCGCUGGCAUCCUGGGCCUUGAGUCCUACCCCGGCUUCAUCUUCUACUUAGUCGGCACUUUGCUGGUGUCGGCUCUGGUUUACCUCUUUCCUGCUAAGCGUGAACCGAAGAGAUACUUCCAAGGCGGUCUUUGGGAGCUGAUUGAGAAGGAUGUACUCAACGGCUUGAUGAGCUUUGUACUUACCUGGACAUUGUUCUUUGGUUUGGUCAGCGCUUAAAGAAUCUUUGUAUUAUGGGUUUUAUUCUGUCUCGGUUGAAUGGCUGAGGUGCAUUCAUGGGCGUUGGGCUGAAUCUGUUGCUUUUGGCAUAUGUAGAGUACUCAUCUGCACUGUGAGCAGCUCUCUUGACGAUACAUAUAUCCGGGGCUAUGCGCCGCUUCUAUAUCUUCUUAUUUGAUAACUUCGUCCUCUUGAUUCUCCAUCGCUUUCUUCUUUUCCUCUUUUUCUUUGAUUCGAUUGUUGACUCCAAGCGCCUUCUACUCGCAGCUCGAAUUAAUAGUCAUAUAUAUAUCGAGACACAUACCGGCGAAUUUAUUUCACAGAAUCUAGUAUAUAUUCGGGUAAUGCUAUCGCUCAAAGCAUGAAAUUCGCAGC